AUGCUAGUCAGACUCAAGUUGUCAUCGAAUGGCGCGGAAUGCUAUACCCGUGCAAUCAAGCUGAUUGGAAAUGUCCAAGCACAGCAUAUUGAUCCAUUUGGGUCUACGAUCAGCUUGACAUUACCCGAUUUCAAGAAACUCGAUACAGUGGAGGACUUGAUGAUAAUAAUCCUCUUUCUCAGAACGCGAAAUCACACCGAGCCAGACUGUGUAGCAAGAAUCUUGGAAUACACUAUCUCCAACAAGCUUCGAGACAGAUCUAUCGUUGGUCGUAUUGUUAAGGUCUACAAUGAGAACAGGGAAUUGCAAGAACUUAAGCUACUCGACUUCCUUCAAAUAUGGUCAAGCUUCCUCACCAAUGAAGUGUCAAAUUUAUCACGAAGGCCAUCAUUUUCACCAUCACUCUCACCAUCACUCUCACCAUUACUACCACCAUCACGUCCACCAUCACUUGAGCCAUCACUUCCUCCUCCAUCGCAACUAGGAUUGGGUAAAAAGGCUACCCAUUACGCCAAGGUUAACCUCUCUGUUCCACAGACAUAUACCAAUGACGAUAACAAGCAUUCUCGCAUCGCUAUCAGUCUUCUACGGAAAAAGCACAAAAAUACAAUUAAAGGACAAUUAUUGGUCAACAAGAUACAAGAGACAAUUUCAAGCUUCGCCGACGAUGUAAAAGAGUUGGAGGAACAAGUCACUUCGACAGACCUUAAUUUAAUUAAUAUUGUAUCUUUCUUCAACAAGAAUGUGGUCUACUCUGAAUCUUUCAAUUGCAAUGUUAGAGCUGCUGCUGGGAAGUUGAGGGGCGUUUGGGCAGGGCUAGGUGGUUCGGUAUUUUUGGAUAUUAAAGGAGAUAGGUUUUCGUACGGAUUCUGGCUCCGCAUAUGUGAUUUUGGUAUUGGCCCUCUACCUGUGCGAAAUUAG